AUGACGACUCCGGAAACCGCCUCAUUCGACUCACACCUGGCAGCCAAGAACUCUUCGACAGAUUCGUGCGACUUCCCGCCCUUGACAAUGGGCGUUUCGCCUCACCCGCUGCUUUCCCCCCUCAGCAGCAGCAGCAGCAGCAACAACAGCAGCAGCAGCAGCAGCAGCAGGGGAGACCUGGAGAGCAGCAGCAGCAGCAGCAGCAGCAGCAGCUAUCCGUUGAGCCUUUUUGCUGCGAAGCCGAACCAUGAGGGGCUGCUGAAGUUGAACUCGACGAGCAGCAUCAAGGACCCCGGCGCUCCCCAGGACGCGGCCGUGCGGCUGAAGAUGCUCAAGUCCAUUGAGCGCCUCUGCAAGCUGAACUCCGGCCAGGUCGGGGAUUUGCGCGAGACGGUGGAGAGGAGCCACACGGAGCUGCUGCAGCAGCUGAAGACAGACGGCACGAAGCAGCGUUCCCAGCUGGAGGAUGUUUCUUCCGCUGCUGCUGCUGCUGCUGAGGCCGCCGGAGCCGCAGCAGCAACAGCAGCAGCAGCUGCUGCUGCGGACGCAGUGGCUGCGGCAGUGACUGAGACAAAGCAGCAGCUGCAGCAGCAACUGCAGGAGCUGCAGCAGCAGAUGCAGCAGCAGCUGCAGCAGCAGCUGCGAGAACAGCUGCAGCAGCAGCUGCAGCAGCAGUUGCAGCAGCUGCUGCGGGAACAGCUGCAACAGCAGAUGCAACAGCUGCAGGAACAGGCUGCAGCACUUUUGGAAGAAACUACGCGGCAAGCAGCAAAGCAAAUAGAGGCAGCAGCUGCAGAGCGGCUGUCGCUGUCCGCAGCAGCAGCAGCAGCAGCAGCAGCAAAUGCGAGGGGUGAAGAAGCCCUGCAGUCCCUUGCUGCAAGUGUAGGAGCAGCAGCAGCAGCAGCAGCAGCAGCAAGCGACUCAGCGUCUUCCUGCGGGAUAUUCCCCUUCAGCUGCCAGUCGAGCCGCUCGACUUCUGCUGCUGAUCCUUUUCAAAUGAGGGAUCCAAUUAGAGACCGAGAAAAUGAAAAAGCAGCAGCAGCAGCAGCAGCAGGAGAGCGGGGAGUAGAGGGGAGCGAGCUGUGCAUGCAGCACAAGCUGCAGCAGCAGCGCAGCAGCAGCAGCAGCAGCAGCGACACGGAGAGCGACACGGACCUGUCGACAACGGCAACAGCAGCAGCAGCGGCGGCUGCUGCUGCAGUGGCGGCCGCGGAUCCGGCGGUGACCGCAGCAGCAGCAGCAGCAGCAGCAGCAGCAGCAGACCUCUCGCUGCAGCUGCCCCCAGAAGCCCCUGCUUCUGCAGAACUCCUCGAAACCAUUCUCACCAGCAGAGACAUUUCUCCAGACUUGUCUUGGAUUCAUUUAACUCUUCACGAGUUGAAGAAGGAGGCCUGCAGCAACAGGCAGCUGCUGGGCUGGAUCUGCAGGCACCUCGACCAGCAGCAGCAGCAGCAGCAGCAGCAGCAGCGGCGCGCUGCAGCAGCAGCAGACGCAGAGACCUUCCACAUCUUCACGCCCCUCGUCCUCAGCAGACAAACCAGCGACGCUUCGCUCUCCGACUCCCCCUCGCCCUCGCCGCCCCGCAGCAGCAGCAGCAGCAGCAGCAGCAGCAGCAGCAGCAGCAACAACAACCGCAGCAGCACGAAGGAAGUGGUGCUUGCGCCCCCGGGCUCCCCCCGCGGAGUCGUGGAGACUGCGAGCAUCAGCAUGGCGAAGAGCCGCCAGAAGUUCACCAGCAGCAGCAGCAGCAGCAACGGCAGCAGCAGCAGCAGCAAGCCGCAGCAGUCCCACUACUUCCCCAAGAUCCACACUGCAGCAGGAGACCAGGACUGGGAACAGUACAUCAGCACUAACAAGGGAGUGCGAAAGGAAGUGGGAUAA